GUUCACUGCGCAGGUGCGCCUGUUUUGAGCCGGAGGUUAAAGGUACAGGGCGAGUCAGUUGGCUGGCCGGUGGGUUGGAUUUUUACAGCGAUGGUCAUUGCCGUUGGGCUUGGUUGCGCAGCCUCGCUGCUUUUCAGGCGAUUCAGUGGGUUCCGAGCGGAUUACCUUGGGCGAAGAAAGCACAGUUCUUAUGAUGUGGCCAUUGUUGGAGGAGGAAUUGUUGGACUGGCAUCUGCUAGAGAGCUCAUACAGCGGCAUCCUAAAUUGAACUACAUUCUACUGGAAAAAGAAAAAGAACUGGCUUUCCACCAGAGUGGGCACAAUAGUGGGGUUAUUCACAGUGGAAUUUACUAUACCCCAGGGUCUUUAAAGGCCAAACUAUGUGUGCGGGGUGCUGAACUAAGCUAUGCUUAUUGUGAGAAGAAGGGUAUCCCUUACAAAAGAUGCGGCAAACUUAUUGUUGCUGUUGAGCGAGAAGAAAUCUCAAGACUGAAGGCAUUGUAUAAACGUGGACUGCAGAACAAUGUCCGAGAUCUAAAACUUAUUGAUGCAAAAGAAAUCCGAAUACGAGAGCCCUAUUGUCGGGGCUUGAUGGCUUUGGACUCUCCAAACACAGGCAUUGUAGAUUGGAGACAGGUAGCCCUCUCGUAUGCAGAAGAUUUUUGUGAAAUGGGUGGAACUAUUAAAACGCAGUUUGAAGCAACUGACUUUCAAAUAACUAAGGAAAGUCCUGAAGGCUGCACAGAUGGUCUAAAAUAUCCAAUAACAAUCAGGAGUUCGAAGGAAACUGCAAUACAAUGCAGCUACAUUGUGACAUGUGGAGGUCUUUAUUCAGACAGGCUGUCCCAGAAAUCAGGUUGUAGUAACGAGCCACGUAUAGUGCCUUUUCGGGGAGAUUACCUGGUGCUAAAACCAGAAAAGCGCUAUUUAGUCAAAGGCAACAUUUAUCCCGUUCCAGAUCCAAAGUUUCCUUUUCUUGGUGUGCACUUUACACCAAGAAUGAAUGGUAGUGUGUGGCUUGGACCCAAUGCAGUUUUGGCAUUUAAACGGGAAGGUUAUAAUGUUUUUGACUUUGACCUGCAUGAUUUUACAGAUGCCAUAAGCUAUAGUGGGGUUCAAAAACUUGUAUUGAAAAAUGUAGCUUUUGGCGUAAACGAAAUGUACAGAGGAAUCGUUACUGGUGCCCAAGUGAAACAGCUUCAGCGAUACAUACCAGCACUCUCUGCCAAUGAUGUCAUGAGAGGGCCAUCUGGAGUAAGAGCCCAAGCCUUGGACAAAGAUGGCAAUCUCGUGGAUGACUUUGUGUUUGAUGGAGGUUCUGGUGCUAUUGGGAGCCAUGUUCUUCAUGUUCGAAAUGCCCCUUCUCCUGCAGCAACAUCAUCCUUAGCUAUUGGUGAAAUCAUUGCUGACGAAGCAGAAGAAAAAUUUAAAUUGUAAUAUUUUAUAUUUCUAUGUUUUAUAAAAUGUUGAUAAAUUACAAGCACAACAAAAUAUGGCAACAUAUUUAAAACACAUAAUGAAAACUGAAUAAGUCAGAGGAAUAUCUGAAUUGUCCUACUGAAGGAUGUUGCACUGAAAUGCGUUGCACAAACUUUUUUUUGUGAAUUUGAUCACAGGAUGCCCUUUUUCCAAACCAGUUCAGAACAUAUGAAUUAGGAGCAGGAGCAGGUCACUUGGCCCUUCGAGUCUGCUCUGCCAAUCAAUAAGAUCGUGGCUGAUCUGAUUGUAACCUCAACCUCACAUUCCUGCCUAGCCCCAAUAACCUUUCACCCUUUGUUAAUCAAUAUUCUAUCUAGCGCUGCCUUAAAAAUAUUCAAAGACUCUGCUUCCACUGCCUUUCGAGGAAGAGAGUUCCAAAGACUCUCAACCCUCUGAGAGGAAAGGUUUCUCCUCAUUUCGGUAUUAGAUGAGUGACCCCUUAUUUUUAAACAGUGACCCCUAGUUCUAGAUUCAUCCAAAGGAUGAAACAUCCUCUCCACAUCUACUCUGUCAAGACCCCUCACUAUCUUAAAGGUUUCAAUCAAGUUGCCAUACCUUAUUUGAAUAUAUGAAAGGCUCCAAUAAUUAAUCAUUUAUGAUGUAUUAUAUUACCACAGCUUAAACUGCUACAAAUUGAAAUAACUGUAAAAUUUGAAUACGAAAAUAAAUUUCAUUUAUAAACCAUGCUUUAAA